CUUGCCCCCGUACUUCCACUUCACACAUGCAAAAGAAAAAACUAUUUUAUAUUAAUUAAAUUAAGCAAAACAACAAAUGCCCAUGUCUCAAUCAGAUCUCUAAAACCAUUUCAUUGUUUAUUUUUCAAGUAUUUGGUUUCAGUUGUCACCAACUAUUUUUUCGUUUUUGAAGAGAAAGUGGUGAAACGAAAUGAAACAAACCCGGAAAACAGAGAAACAGGAAUUUUUUUCUGAGAAGUAGCUUUCAUGGUGUGAACGACUUCUGCCAGGGUCACGGUUUUUUUUUCCUGGGUUUUCGGCUAUUGUUUCUUUGGAGAAGAUGUUGUGUGCUUGCUCAGGUGAACAAUUCAAGUUUGAAGAUGCUCCGCAGUCGCCGGAUUCAUUGGCAACCAGAGAUUUCUCAGCCAGUGGACUCUCAUCUCGGACCGGAGACUGGGAACCAAAAGUUGAGGAUGCUCAAGUGGAAGAAGUUGAAUCCACUCUCAAAGAAGCUCUCUCCUUAAACUAUGAGGAAGCAAGGGCAUUGUUGGGGAGGCUAGAGUAUCAAAGAGGGAACUUUGAUGCUGCGCUUCAGGUUUUUCAGGGUAUUGACAUUAAAGGUUUGACGCCAAGGAUGACUAGGGCUAUUGUUGAGAGAACCCGGCAACGAAAACCACGAUCCAAAGGUGACAUUAUCCCUCCUAGUGUGAUGUCGUUGCAUUCAGUGAGCUUACUUCUGGAAGCAAUUCUAUUGAAAGCAAAAUCGUUGGAGGAACUUGGGCAUUUCAGAGAGGCUGCAAAGGAGUGCAUAAUAAUUUUGGAUGUAGUUGAGUCAGCAUUACCUAGUGGAAUGCAUGAGGGAAUUGCCGAAGGUUGCAAGUUACAGGAGAUGUUUCACAAAGCAAUAGAGUUGCUCCCUAAUCUGUGGACAAAGGCAGGCUUUCUCAGUGAAGCUAUAACUGCAUAUCGCCGGGCUUUAGUCAAGCCAUGGAAUUUGGAUCCCCUGAGGUUAGCAAGUGUACAGAAAGACUUAGCUGCUACAUUACUUUAUGGUGGUGUUGAAACAAGCCUCCCUUCUAACUUACAGGUUUGGGGCUCAACUACCCCUAAUGGUAAUAUAGAGGAAGCAAUUCUUCUCCUCCUAGUACUUAUGCAAAAAGUAGCCUAUGGAGAAAUAAAGUGGGAUGCAGAUAUUAUGGAUUAUCUGACUUUUGCUCUCUCAGUUAGUGGGCAGUUUGAAUUAUUAGCUGGUCAUGUGGAGCUGGCCCUUCCGGGUAUAUAUGAAAGAGCUGAGAGGUGGUACCUUCUUGCUCUUUGUUAUGCUGCUGCUGAUCAGAAUGAUGUAGCAUUGAACUUACUGAAGAAGGUCUCUGGCCAGUCAGAAGCAAAGCACAAACCUCAUAUCCCUGCUUUACUGUUUGGUGCAAAGUUAUCUUCUCAAGAUCCAAAGCAUGCUCAAUAUGGAAUAACUUUCGCUCGUAAUGUGAUUGAUUUGGCAGAUCAAGUGAAUGAACAUUUCAAGGGUCAAGCCCAUAAGUUCCUUGGUGUUUGCUAUGGGAAUGCUGCUAGAAUUUCCAUAUCAGAUUCUGAAAGAGCUCUCUUUCAGAAAGAAUCUUUGACCUCUCUUAAUUCUGCUGCUCUCAACAUGAAGGAAGAUCCUGAAGUGAUGUUUAACCUCAGUUUGGAAAAUGCAGUUCAGAGGAAUUUGGAUUUGGCCUUUGACAAUGCAAUGUCAUACUCUAACAUGGUGACUGAAAGCUCAAAAAGAGGUUGGAGGCUAUUAGCACUAAUACUUUCUGCAGACCAGCGGCUCAAAGAUGCUGAAACCAUACUUGAGUUGGCUUUGGAUGAAGCUGGUACGUUGGAUCAUUUAGAACUUCUUAGAUUAAAAGCUGUGCUUCAGAUUGCUCAGGAACGGCCCAAGCAAGCAAUUGAAACCUACCGAAUUUUGCUAUCUCUGAUUCAAGCCCAAAGAGAACCGCAGUCUAAUAACUCUGAGAAUGCAAAGAGUUCUGAUUCAGAGAAUAUAGCGGAAAGAAAUAUGGAAAUGGCCGCCUGGCAGGAUCUAGCAAGUAUUUAUACAAAACUUGGUUCGUGGCUUGAUGCAGAAAUUUGUUUAAACAAAGCCAAGUCAGUUGAAUUUUAUUCACCCAAAAGUUGGCAUACAACAGGAUUGUUAUUUGAAGCCCAAUCACUUUAUAAGGAGGCCCUGGUAUCCUUCUCGGUGUCACUGUCAAUAGAACCAGAUUAUGUGCCCAGUAUUGUUUCAACUGCGGCAGUGCUUAUACAACUUGGCGGUCAAUCACUCCCAAUUGCAAGAAGCUUUCUAAUGAAUGCUCUUCGGUUAGAUCCUACAAAUCAUGAUGCAUGGAUGAACCUUGGAUUGAUUGCAAAAAUGGAAGGCUUAUCACAACAAGCAGCAGACUAUUUUCAAGCAGCUUAUGAGUUGAAGAUGUCAGCUCCUGUUGAAGCUUUUACAUGAUGGUGGAAUUUGAUUAUUUAGCUGGUAGGCAAUAUCAAAGAAUAAGGUUUAUCUUAUCCAUCAUCUAUGAUAGUCAAUUUUACUGAUUCUACUCACCGUUAUUUAGCAACGAUGUCCUAUUCAAAUGUACAGCAAGCUCCCUGUUCGUACCUUCGAUUUUUCUGUUAAUAUCAAAUUUUGAUUGUUUUUCUACAUGAAAGAAAAUAUCAAGUUUUCAAAGUGCAAAAUAAGAAAGAAAGAAAACCCACAGAUUUAAGAAAAUGCUGCAAGAAAUAUUUACCAAUUUUGUUCCCAAGCAGUUUUGGCUGAAUAAGACUGAGAAAAACCUCAACCCAUAUUCCACUGCAACAAAAUCACCAACCAACAAAAGGGUCAAAUAUGUAAAUUGGUACUCUCCAAAAAGCAUGGAAAUGAUCCCCGAAGGAAAUUACCAGAGCGCGCCAGGGCCAAGAGCAGCAUGGCACGAGAUUGGAGGGCAAAGGCAUCAUUAGAGGAAAGAUCAUGCCUC